CUGCGGUUGACCUGUGUCAAUAGCCCACCAGCAGCAGUGUGUGUUCGUGAAGUGGACGACCACAGUGCAAAAUGCUUCAGCUCGUGAUCAGAAAAUGAAGCUCUUCUGAGUUUCAGUCUCAGUGCCAGGUCCGACCUAUUCAAACACGGGCUGACCAAUCAGAACUGCACAUGCAGCUUGACUCGCUUGUGUUGAGUUGAGGAGGCUCUUUGCCCGGCAGGAUUUCCUGCUUUGUUAGUGACAUGUUGGUUUCAAGGCAACUCGCCUGAGCUGCGCCCGUUCUCUGAUCGUCGUUCGCCAGAAGCUGUAAACUUUCACCACGCCGACACCAGCGGGUUCCUCCAGCCGAAAAGUUGCCCACGUCCUUUCGCAGCUGAACUCAGUGCAGCAGAACUUUGCCCCCCAGCCCGACAGGCCUUCAGGGAUCUGAAGCAGAUGAUAUAUGCAUUACGGAAAUCUGGCUCACUCCAGAACCUGGAAAACAUUCGAGCGGCUGGCAGCGAGCGAGGAACGGGUUCUGUGGAUCGGAACCUGGAGAAGACGGAGGAGGGCAACAUACAAACACCCCUCCACCAGCAAGGAGAUGCAAAUAAAUUAAGACGGUGAAACUCAUGGUGUGCUUGUGGAUACAGUCAAUUAGUACUGAGCGGUGAACGUCGGCAAGACGGAAACCGAGCGCCACUCAUGUUUUCACCAAGUCAAGAAGAUCACAGUGCGCCCACCAAGGAUCCCGUGAAGUACGGAGAACUCAUCGUCCUGGGGUACAACGGUUCCCUUCCAAAUGGUGACAGAGGACGCAGGAAAAGCAGAUUUGCCCUUUACAAACGACCCAAACCUAAUGGAGUCAAGCCCAGUACAGUGCAUGUUAUUUCCACUCCGCAGGCUUCCAAGGCAGUCAAUUGUAAAGGGCAACAUAGCAUCUCAUAUACACUAUCCAGAAACCAGACUGUGGUGGUAGAGUAUACUUAUGACAAGGACACAGACAUGUUUCAGAUUGGAAGGUCUACAGAGAAUCCCAUUGAUUUUGUGGUGACGGACACAGUUUCUGGCAGCCAGAGUAAUGAUGAGAUGCAAAUCACUCAAAGUACCAUCUCCAGAUUUGCAUGUAGGAUAGUUUGUGACAGAAAUGUACCAUACACAGCACGGAUUUACGCUGCAGGAUUUGAUUCAUCAAAAAACAUAUUUCUUGGGGAGAAAGCUGCUAAGUGGAAAAAUCCUGAUGGCCACAUGGAUGGGUUAACAACUAAUGGAGUGUUAGUAAUGCAUCCCAGGGGAGGGUUUACAGAGGAAUCUAAGCCUGGGGUAUGGCGGGAAAUUUCUGUUUGUGGAGAUGUAUACACUCUAAGGGAAACAAGAUCAGCACAGCAAAGAGGAAAACUGGUGGACUGUGAAACGAAUGUUCUUCAGGACGGCUCACUUGUUGAUCUUUGUGGGGCAACACUUCUGUGGAGAACGGCAGAUGGCUUGUUCCAUACUCCAACGCAAAAACACAUUGAGGCGCUUCGACAGGAGAUAAAUGCUGCUAGACCUCAGUGUCCAGUUGGGCUUAACACCUUAGCAUUUCCCAGCAUCAAUCGCAAGGACAUUGUGGAAGAGAAACAGCCGUGGGCUUACCUCAGCUGUGGUCAUGUCCAUGGUUACCACAAUUGGGGACAUCGUAGUGACACGGAAGCCAAUGAGCGAGAAUGUCCUAUGUGCAGAACUGUUGGCCCAUAUGUGCCUCUUUGGCUAGGUUGUGAGGCAGGAUUUUAUGUGGAUGCAGGUCCUUCUACACAUACAUUUAGCCCAUGUGGACAUGUGUGCUCUGAGAAAACAGCAAAAUACUGGUCACAAAUUCCAUUACCACAUGGUACUCAUGCAUUCCAUGCAGCGUGUCCUUUUUGUGCUAUACAACUUAAUGGAGAGCAAGGCAUCAUUAAACUAAUUUUCCAGGGACCAAUUGACUGAUGAAGACUUGAAGGAGGGCAAAAAAGAAUAAAAAACUUUUUUGGGAAAUACUGUGAAAAUAAUCUGCCACUGUAGCUGGAUGCCCACUGUUGCUGAAUGAUUGACAUCAUUUUUGGAAGAAUUGGGAGGGUGAGCAGGUUGGUGUGGGACACAGUUACUUGUGUGUGGAUGAUAAUGAUUAAUGUUUUACGGGUUCAGCAUUUGGAGGAGCCAUUCGUAAAAGCUACAACUAAAAAAAAAGUUAUCCUAUUGUUCUAACCUAUUUUGCUACAGUGUGCCCUUUGUAUAGUUUUAUAAUUUAUAUGAUUUUAAUAUAUUGUGUAUACACUUGAUUGGCCUGUCCAGAUAAAGCUGUAAAUCGUUUUAUGGCUAUUGCAUAACCUUAGCAUUACUACUAUUUAGACUUGCUCUCUUUUAGUAAGAGUGUAUGGCAGUGAUCUGCUCAUUCACUGUAAUUUGGUUUCAUUUCUCAGGUGUGCAGAUAAAUGAUUAGCCAAGUUCUGCACCAGAGAUCAGUGAGAAGGCGGAUGUUUUUCAAAAUACUGAAGUAUUCUUUAAAAGCUUUACUAACCCUUUGCAAAGGUGUUUCUGAAAUUCAAUGCAAUAUUGUAUUUUGAAAUUAUUCUAAUUUUUGAAUAAUGAAACGAGCUGUGAUGCUCUACCCCCCCCAUACAAAGAAAAAAUGUUACAAUUUAACUGAAACUGAAUUAAGAAUAUUGGUUUUAGUGUUGUAUAACAAUUAUUUUUCCAUUUGAGUUGCAUCUUCAGCAUGCUGUCAAAUUCUAUUUAAAGUACCAAUACUUGCUGCAGGAUUCCAGUCUGUUAGUUCUAAGUUUGAGUACUGCUCAGUUCUGCUGCAUAGUGUAUUAUCUAAAUUGCUCACCUUCUGUUUCAAGUCCAUUAAAAUAUAAUGUAGUACGAAUAUUUACACAAAUCCCUGUAACAAUUCAGAUGCAGCUUUUAUUGAACACCAUUGUAUAAACAAGCAGUAUGAAUAUCAGCAGUAACAGAGCUGUGGACACACCUGGCAAAUUGUGGUGGACUGGAAUGUUUGAUCAAAGUUUAAAAGACCAUCUAUAAUUUAAAAUAGUUUAGCAGCUGAUCUAUUUACAAUGCAAAUGUAACAUCUUUAGAUCACUCAUUUUUUGAAAUGUUUCCUAAUAGUUUUCCUGGGUUAUUUUGUAAUUUUUUUUUGAGGGUGUGUGGGUUAGUAUGUAUGGAAGUUCAGGUGCAACUUGCUUUUAAUUAUUUCUCCUUUAAAUUUGGAUGAAAAUAAUCAUGGUAAACAACUAAAAUUAUUGAUUCGGGAUUCAAAAUAUCUGCAUUACUCGAUCUCUCACCAUUUACUUUGACAUAGCUUUUGGGGAAUCCCUAAAAACGUAUUGUCAUCGCAAAACUGUUGCCUAAAAAAUAACUUUUUUAAAAGCAGCUGAGUCUCAAAACAGAAUGUACACCUAUUUUAACUUAUAAAACUGUUUUGAUCGUAUGAUGCUUGCAGCUAUUUUAUUGAAGUCUAGAUACAGAUUUGCAUACCUGGCUUGUUACCUAUGAUUGUACUGUUUUAUUUGCUUAUUGUGUACAGAAUAAUUUUAAGGCUUAACUGUUAAACCAUGUGCUUCGUAUCAUGGCAUUAUCCAUAUUUUUAUUGCAUUUUCUUGAUUUUAAUGUGGAUUAAAAGUCAAGUGACAAGAUUUUACCCUUUAUAUUCAUGUAUUUUAAUCUUCUAUUACGACUGGUACCUUUCACUUUAAGUGAAAAUAUUUUCUUGAAUUCAAUUAAGAUUAAUAUAUUUACUCUCCGUUAUGUUUUAUAACACUGUAUAUAAUUUAGCUGUUAUCCUUGUUAAAAGGAAAUACACAAGAUAAUAAAAGGCUUUACCUAUAUUUAUUUCCAAUAUGCAUAUAGAAAGAUUAACUCCACUAUUACUAAUGAAGUAUUAUAAUGAAGUGUUGAGCACUCAACAGUACCAUGACAAAUCUUGCUGGCAAAACUACAGCAAAUGAAGUAUCGCACAAUAAUUAAGCUUCUUACAAAAUGGGGGAAAAUGCCCUAGUUAAUUUUUCAUCAAUAUUAUGCAUAAAUGUCAACCUUGUCACAUGACUUGCAGCUAACUCCAUUUAUUGUAACCUCUGCUAAUUUAAAAAUUGCAAUUAAUGUCAGUGAAAAGAUGGCCUUUUUGAUUAUUUUCAUCAGUUGUCACACUAGUGUUAAUUUCUAUACAUACAGAAUGAAAGGCUUUCUGAUUAAAUUUUCAGGAUAUUGCCUGUGUGCACGCAUUCAGAUUUCUCUAGUUCAAAAUUUAGUAGCUUUACUUAAGUUUGGUUUGGAAAGAAUUUUGUUGGUGCCUAAGAUGCAAACUGAUUUCUUGUGAUGUCUUAUUACAUGCUAAUAAAGGCUUUUCCAGAAAUA